UUUAUUCCUCUACAAAACUUAAUAUAACUUUCACUUGUAUGUGUUAAAAAACAGGCAAAGAAGCAGCCUUCUUAUCUCUGAUCUACUGGUUUACAGAGGCUGUUUUUGCUGACAGCUGCUCUGCUGCAAAAGCCUGCUGUCCUUACUAAAAAAUGACCAGUGCUAGCCUAAACCUAGAGAAAAACUUUUAUAAACAGGCUUUCUGUGUUUUUAAGCCUGGGUUGUUUCUGCGGACUUGCAUGUUAUUGAAACACCUAUGCCUAAGGGGCUAAAUGAAGGUUAUGGGUCUUUAGCAGGUAAAGAAGCAAACUCUUUCUCUCUGAUCCACUCACUCACUCACAGGGUACGUCUACACUACGGGAUUAUUCCGAUUUUACAUAAACCGGUUUUGUAAAACAGAUUGUAUAAAGUCGAGUGCAGGCGGCCACACUAAGCACAUUAAUUCGGCGGUGUGCAUCCAUGUACCGAGGUUAGCGUCAAUUUCCAGAGCAUUGCACUGUGGGUAGCUAUUCCGUAGCUAUCCCAUAGUUCCCGCAGUCUCCCCCGCCCCUUGGAAUUCUGGGUUGAGAUCCCAGUGCCUGAUGGGGCAAAAAACAUUGUCGCGGGUGGUUCUGGGUACAGCCUCACCCUUCCCUCCGUGAAAGCAGCAGACAACCGUUUCGCACCUUUUUUCCUGGCUGAACUGUGCAAACGCCAUAGCACAGCAAGCAUGGACCCUGCUCAGAUCAAGACCGCAAUCGUGGACGUUGUAAACACCUCGCGCAUUCUCAUGCAGUCUAUGCUGAACUAUGACCUGCAAAGCCAGGCGAGGAGGUCGCGGCUACGGCAUAGCGGCGACGAGAGUGAUGAGGACAUGGACACAGAAUUAUCUCAAACCACAAGCCCCUGAGCUUUGGAGAUCCUGCUGGUAAUAGGGCAGGUUCUAGCCAUUGAACACCGAAUUUGGGCCCGGGAAACAAGCACAGGCAGGUGGGACUGCAUAGUUUUGCAGGUUUGGGACGAUUCGCAGUGGCUGCGAAACUUUCGCAUGCAUAAGGGCACUUUCAUGGAACUUUGUGACUUGCUUUCCCCUACCCUGAAACUCCAGAAUACCAAGAUGAGAGCAGCCCUCACAGUGGAGAAGUGAGUGGCAAUAGCCCUGUGGAAGCUUGCAACGCCAGACAGCUACUGGUCAGUCGGGAAUCAAUUUGGAGUGGGAAAAUCUACUGUGGGGGCUGCUGUGAUGCAAGUAGCCAAAGCAAUCAUUAAGCUGCUGCUACCAAAGGUUGUGACUCUGGGAAACGUGCAGGUCAUAGUGGAUGUCUUUGCUGCAAUGGGAUUCCCUAACUGUGGGGGGGCGAUAGAUGGAACCCAUAUCCCUAUCUUGGCACUGGAGCACCAGGGCACCCAGUAUGUAAACCGCAAGGGGUACUUUUCCAUGGUGCUGCAAGCACUGGUGGAUCACAAGGGACAUUUCACCAGCAUCCAUGUGGGAUGGCCAGGAAGGGUUCAUGACGGUCGCGUCUUCAGGAACACUACUCUGUUUAAACAGCUGCAGCAAGGGAAUUACUUCCCAGAUCAGAAAACAACAGCUGGGGAUGUAGAUAUGCCUAUAGUGAUCCUGGGUGACCCAGCCUACCCCUUGAUGCCAUGGCUCAUGAAGCCAUACACAGGCAGCCUGGACAGUAGUCAGGAGCUGUUCAGCUACAGGCUGAGCAAGUGCAGAAUGGUGGUAGAAUGUGCAUUUGGCCGUUUAAAAGCCCGCUGGCGCACAUUACUGACUUGCUCAGACCUCAGCCAAACCAAUGUCCCCAUUGUUAUUGCUGCUUGCUGUGUGCUCCACAAUCUCUGUGAGAGUAAGGGGGAGACUUUUAUGGUGGGGUGGGAGGCUGAGGCAAAUCACCUGGCCACUGAUUACGCGCAGCCAGACACCAGGGUGAUUAGAAGAGCACACCAGGAAGCGGUGCGCAUCAGAGAAGCUUUGAAAACGAGUUUCAUCAUGGGCCAGGGUACGGUGUGACUGUUGUGUUUUUUUCCCCCUGAUGAAGCACCCCCUUGAUUGACUCAUUCCCUGUAAGCAACCUACCCUCCCCCUUCUAUUACAGCUUGCUUAAGGAAAUAAAGUCACUAUCGUUUAAAAAUCAUGUAUUCUUUAUUAAAAAGUCACUAUAAAAAGAGGGAGAGAACUGACAGGGUAUCUCGGGUGCGGUUUGGGAGGAGGUUGGAGGGAAGGAAAA